AUGGCCGCGGUUCCAGCGACAGCGACGGCGACAGCUCCAGGGCCUGGGCCAGCGACAUCAACAGCCUCAGAUUCGCUGCCCUACGCAGUACUCCCAAAGCUAGAAUCCGCUACCUCCACCACCGCCGCCGUCCCCGCAUCCAAUGGCUCAGCGUCCGCUCAGGAGCCUGCGCUCUCAGCGCAACAGCAGCAAUCGCCGCAGCACAAGAGGGUGUACCAGGCAUGCAUCCCAUGCCGCCGCCGGAAGGUGAAAUGCGACUUGGGAAGUGUUGAUAACCCGGGGGACCCGCCCUGUGUGCGGUGUCGACGGGAGAGCAAGGAGUGCUUCUUCUCCGCGACGCGCCGCAAGAGAAAGAACGAGGACGGCAGAAACGACAGUCUGGAUGGCUACGAGUAUGGCGACGAUUACGUCGUGCGCAACGGGAGGAAAAUGCUCCAAUCGUCGCCGCCAGCCUCCGUUCGACAAUCCUCGAUGGGCGCGCCUCCUUCACGACCUCCCGCCCCAAGCGCAAUCCCAACCGCACUCCCAGGGCCUCCGUUGACUCCAGGAGGCUCCAUUGGGCAAUUACAACCUCUGCGGAGGCCAACACAGACUCAGCAGACCAUGGAUGGUCUUCCUCGGGACAGAAAUGAUGAAUCGAAUACACAGCUGGAGAAUCUGGAGGCGCAGGAGGUUAUGCGGCGAGAAGUCUACGGGCCUCAUGAUGCCUUGGAUCUUCUAUACAAGGCGGCAACAAAUAGCCCGGCUCAUAUAAGGCCAGUUACGGGUAGGACGAAUAGCGGAAGUCAUUUGUCUCCUGCAUCGGGAAAUAAUAUGUCUAGACCUACACACCAGCCGUCUCCGCUACAAAAUCACAAUGAACCUUUCCCGCCCACUUACGCUGCCCAUGGAGAGGUUCCUAGAGACACUAUCAUUGAUCCUGCGUUAGCUUCCCAACGCGCGAAUAACCUACCCAAUGUACCGGACCAGGGAUAUAAAGAUGCUAUCAGGGCAUGGUCGAGGUUCAGAUUUGUUCGGGCUGGCUGGUUAACGCCCGCCGAGGCUAUUGCUUAUAUUGCUUAUUAUUAUGAGUAUCUUUCGCCAUUAACUCCUAUCUCCCCACCUACCUUCAGAGAUCCAAGUACCCAUCCUACUCUUCUAACUGAGGAGCCAAUCCUCAGUGUCACACUUUUAACCAUAGCUACACGGUACAAAAUCAUGGCAGGGCCAGGAGGCCAAUGCCGAUCCCAGGCAAUUCAUGAACAGCUCUGGACUUAUCUCCGGGGCAUGAUCGAAAGAUGUCUGUGGGGACAGGAGGCCUUUGGCGGCGGAUUUUGCGGCUCUGGAGCAGAUCCAAGUGAAGCGCAGACCUCCAGCACAGCUCCUUGGCGCGGCUUAAGAAAAGGCAGCCUGCGAGUUCUCGGUACCAUUGAAAGUUUGAUGAUUCUAACAGAAUGGCAUCCUCGUGCGCUUCACUUUCCUCCUACCGAGGCGACUGAUGAGUUGAUGCUCCCUCUAUAUGAUGGGGCCGAUACUUAUAGCACCGAUGACGAUAAUAGAGAGCGUGUCCCAGGAAGCAUCGGCGGGAAGAAGAUAGAGAACUGGCUAGAACCAGCUUGGAGAAGCGAUCGCAUGUGUUGGAUGCUUCUCAGUACAGCCAUGGGUCUUGCAUAUGAAUUGGGCGUUUUUGAUAAUAUCGAGGAGCUAAUUGCUGCUGGCGGCGAAAUGACGCGGCCAGAAUACGAAGACGAGGGUUAUCGAUUGAGAGCAGGAAGGAUCAAGAGGCUGCUUUUGAUAUAUGCGACCCAGUUAGCCGGGCGCCUGGGAUGGACAAAUAUGGUUCCAGAGAGUGUACGACUUACGGAUCCGGCAUUCGCGGCCCGCAAGAGAAGGGCAUCAACUGGUGGCAAGACGCCUGAUACUUCAACGAGUCUGUCCAACACGUUCAACUACAUUCCAGACCUCGAGCUUGAUGACCAGAUAAUCCACUGUUGGGCUGGCAUCAGUAAUGCAAUGCGCAUUGGCAACGAGAAAUUAUUCAAAUCGAGGCAAUACACAACCAAGAUCAUCCAGAAUGGAAGUUAUAUUGAGCUGCUCAAAGACUUCCAGCCAAUGCUUAGUGCGUGGCGAAACGAGUUUGACCGUUUCCGACUACCUCAAUACAUUCGACACAUACUGUCGAUUGAGUAUGAAUAUGUUAGAAUAUAUGUCAACUCCUUAUCUCUUCAAGCUGUCGUCGAGAGAUGUACUAGCAACGCUGGUGGCUAUCCAAACUUUGCUGGCCAGCCCGGCAACGGUAUGGGAACUGCCAAUGCCCCACUUUCACCAGAGACGCAAAGCUUUUAUGGAAAGCUGCCACUCGCAAGACUUGGUGGUUUUGGUGCAGCUGACCAAGCCUAUGUUAAAGAGGUUGUCGAGGGAUGUAGAAACCUUCUCCGAACAGUCGUAGAAGGUCUUCUGCCUGGCGACUACCUCAAGCACGCUCCCGUGCGAACCUACUUCCGCAUCAUCAGUGGUGCAAUGUUCUUGCUCAAGACAUUUGCCCUUGGUGCAUCUAAGAGCGAUGUUGAGCUCAGUAUAGGGUUGAUGGACCGCGCCGUAGACGCCCUGCGAAACUGUGUUGUCGAUGAUGUCCACCUGGGCAUUCGAUUCGCAGAUCUCCUAGAGACCUUGACAUCCAGGCUUCGAAGUCGCUUCAUUAGUGCCCCGAGAGGGCCACCUCCUGGAGAUACCAGCAGGAAUCGCAGUCCAGUGAUGUAUCAUGAAUCAGACGCCAAACGAAUGAAGGUCAACCAUACAGAGCAAAUCCGAGAAUGGAAUGCAGGGACACCCAAUUUUAGUAGCAUGUCGAGCGGUCCUGAUUUCAAUGUGUCAGCUACACCCUUCGAUCUCAAGCCAGGGGUCUUCUUCGGCGCCAGUCCCGCCUACAGCCAAGGCCAUGAACCAGGUUCCAACUACGGCAGCGCAGGCCCUCAAAAUGACCUAUCUGAUGUCUUCGGCGCGGCAGGCGACUGGAAUAGCAGCAGCGAGAUGUGGUAUCUCCCUCCUGGAGCGGCCUUCUACCAGAAUGUCAGCGAUCAGGCCAUCACACAGACGGCUGAGGGUGUCAACGUGGGCGGCCUGGAUUUGCUGGAUUAUAUGACGUUGGACAACUUUGCGCCACAUGACGGGACAGGAUUUUGA